AUUCCUACUCGAGAAACACGAAGUACUAAUGCAACCAAUGGCAUCUUACUUGAAGCAGCCAAGUGCAAGACAGUGAGCUACCAAAAGAGCUUCUACGUCAGAGUUGCUAACGUGUGGAAUACACUACCCUGUUUGAUCAAAGAAACCAACGAAACCGUGGUCUCUUUCAAAUUUUCUUUAAUGCAACAUUAUAAGGAUCUCCCCAAAGAAAUUUAUAAUCCUGAGGAUCCGAGAACAUUUAAGUCU